UCUUGCUGUUUUAUUGUUUUACUUUAACUUCAGCACUAUUUUACAAAACUGCCGUUUAAAAUAAACAAAAUUUAAUGAAUUGAUUUUUCAUUCUUUUUUUUCGGUAAAUUUUUAUGUUUUGGAAUUUUAAUCUUUUAGUCCAACCUGGAAAAUAAGUAAAUUUGAUUUGAUAUUCUUACUCAAACGUAUCUUCAAUUAUAAGUUAUGUAAUAUCGCCUGUGUACACUUUACAGUGAUGGAUUUAGAAUAUUUAUUUCAUGUACUUGUCAGAUUUUAGUUUAUUCAAUUGUGUACAAUAGUUGUACAUUGUACACACUGUCCUACAUUAUACUUUUAUUAGUUUAUUUACAUUUUGCAGUACCCAACUGUACAAAUGUUUCCUCAUGUUCGUUUAUCUAUGAUAUUAAUGUAAUUGAGUUUAUCAUGCUCUACUGUCUUUCUUCACCCCCUAUUAAUUAUUUGCUAGAUUUCGAACACACUCGACCGAUCAAAAUCGAUAAAACUCGAAUGUUUCAGAAUGAUUCUCCUUGAGUCUAACAAUCGAAUAAUCGAGGAGACCCUGUCCUUGAAGAUAAAGAAUGUGUUGGGGAACCUCAAGCAGGAGGGGAUCAGUAUUACGGUGGCAGACUUCGACGGUGCCCUUUACAGGAUCAGUAACCCUGACAAUGACAAAACCAAACUUAAUGUAUCAAUCUCUCUCAAAUUCUACAAGGAACUUGAGAAACAUGGCUCCGACAUGGUUCUGAGUAGAGAGUACGGAGAUAUGCUGAUACAACCUGAAGAAGGUUUUGAUGUCACGAUCCAAGUGGAUCUAUCUAAUAUUCCAGAAAACUGGGAAAUUGUCGUCAAGAAAAUAGGUCUUCUCAAGAGAAAUUGUUUUGCAGCAGUUUUCGAGAAGUAUUUCGACUUUCAGGAAGAAUUUGAAAAACUGUACGAAGAAGCAGGAGAAGAAGGACAACAGCAGGCAGUUGUACACUAUAGAGAUGAUGAAACUAUGUAUGUAGAAGCAAAGUCAGACAGAGUUACUGUAAUAUUCAGCACAAUUUUCAAGGAUGCUGAUGAUAUUAUAUUGGGGAAAGUGUUCAUGCAGGAGUUCAAAGAGGGUCGGAAAGCCAGUGCCACUGCUCCUACUGUACUGUUUUCAAACAAGGAGCCUCCAAUGGGUCUGAAAGACACUAAGGCUAGAACAGGAGAAGGGGUUGGUUAUAUCACAUUUGUUCUGUUUCCCAGGCACACUAACAGAGAAACCAGGGACAAUACAAUAGACCUUAUCCAUAUGUUCCGUGACUACCUUCACUAUCACCUCAAGUGUAGCAAAGCUUACAUUCAUUCAAGAAUGCGUGCAAAGACGAGCGAUUUUCUGAAGGUGUUAAACCGAGCCAAGAUCGAAGAAGAAGGAAGAAAGAAGCAAUCCUACGCUGGGAAAACGCAGUUUAUAUAAUUAAGAAAAUAACAAAUAAUCUUCCAAAAGUUAUUCUUCUUGUUGCAACCCACCAGACGCGGGGAAUUUAUUAACCUUGUUUUUUGUUAUUAAUUAGUGAACAGCUCAUUUAAUUUGUUUUCUUCUUCUAGGCUUGCAUUCAGUCAAUUGUGAAUAUUUUAUCCAAUUUUUAUCAAAGCUUCUGUUUUUAUUUUUAUUUACUAACUGUUCUUGAU